AUGAGACUGCGGUCGAACCACGUUCUUCCGCCAAUCACGGAGUACGUCCCACGCCGCCGCCGCCAGACGCGGAGUGCAUCCGCACAGGCUGGGACUGAAGCCGCGACCGAAGCGGCGACCGUGACUGCGCUAGAGGUUGCGCAAGAGACCGUGCCAGAGACACAGUCCGCCGAAGAGAGGCCCGCUCCAAAGCGGAAGCCAGCCAAGAGAGCCGGCCGGAAGAAGAAGGCUGCGCCAAAGGGCAAGAAGCCCGCCGCCACUGCGGACUGUGAAGUCGCCGAAUCGCCCGAAACCCAGGAAAACGCCCUUGCGCUCAUUCCAUCUGUGGAGCAACCUGACACCCGUACGUUGCCCCCAAAGCCCACCAGAGCUCCCGCUCGCAAGCGCAUUGUUAGAGGACGAGACAUUUCGGCGGCCUUGCGUUAUGGCAGUGCUGGCGAUCUCCUGAAAAAGGAAUAUUGGAACCCAACUCCAUCUCCCCCGCAGACACCCGUGACGCAAUAUGCCUGGCCGCCUGGAAUAGUCUACAAUAAGCUAAAGCGAAUCCCCUGGUCACUUCCCUGGUCCCCGCCAUCUCCCCCAAGAGCCUGGCCCCACAGACGCUCUCUCCAUAUGACUGAUACCCAGGAUGAACCCGAGCUGACCCGCACGGAAGAACCAUUCUCUAGGAAACGGAACCGAUUGUCCGAAGAUGAUCCGUCGGCAUCGAAACGUCACAAGUUAACACUUCACCCCCCAUCCGGAUUCGAAAACCGUCCUCGUGGCAGCCCUCGCAGGACGUAUGCGGACCGCGCCCGGCGACGCGAAGCGGAAAGGGAUGGACGAAUCGAUCGCACCAUUUACCGUUUCCCCCAGCUUUUGGCUCAGCAAGGAGAAGAUGUGAGGUCUGGCAAUUCGAACCCUCCGACAUCUCAUACAAGCGAAGAAACCACGCCCCGUGGUAAUGGUGUUGUUCCGUUCUCUUCAUUGCCUUCUGCACUCCCACCAAAUCACAAUCAACCCGAAAACCGACCUGGAUGGCGACAAUGGAUAUUCAGCUCAGUGACUGGUCUUUGGCGACGAGACAACGCGCCCCAAACUCCAGAGGUCCCACAAGUGGCUGAACCUCAACAUCUGGGAAAUGAAUCUUCAUCUUCUAUCGCAACACCUUUAUCAGCUCCACCUUCCUCCGCCCUUGUACCACAGAGAAAUUUCGAAUCCCCCACUCCACGCCCGCGCAUUGCAGAGUCGCGAACCUCACACUCGCGUCUGACAGCCAGCGCACGUGCUCCACAAGUCGGCAAAAGAAAGAAAUACUCCUAUGAUUUGGACCCACCCGGGUUUGAUCCAGAACUGCUCGCGCGAAUGCGUGCCAGGAAGUCGAAUCCUGAGGAUCUCCAACCUGUAACUUCACCAGAACAAGUUCGUGCACGCUACGAGAAUGAAUCGAAGAAGCGCAAGCGAUCAGCAUCACCCGAUGUCAUUCCACACCCUCCAGGAUGUAGUUACGGGUUUGACCCAGAUUACUUCAUUUACGAUGAUGAGGAUGAGGACUUGCCCACAGGCGAGCAGGGAAGUCAAGAUACCAAAGCCAAACAAGCUACAGUCAGCGAUGUACCGGAAGAGGAGCAUGUUUCCAAGCGUGUGCGCUCUGACAAUACCCUCCUGGAAAAUGAACCGGAGGAACAUAUCUCCAAGCGUGUGCGUUCUGAUAACACCCACCUGGAAAAUGCACCGGAGCAACAUAUCUCCAAGCGUGUGCGUUCUGACAAUACCCUCCUGGAAAAUGAACCGGAGGAACAUAUCUCCAAGCGUGUGCGUUCUGACAAUACCCACCUGGAAAACUUCAAACACCCGGUCGCACAACAGACCGAAUAUUCUGCCCAAGAACUGCGAAAGGCCCGUGAGCAGGCCGAACAGUACAAGCCCAAGACGCCUAGUCGUCUGCGAGCAGCUCACCGUUUCUCGACCAGCUGCACUGAGCUCAUUGAAGAAGACGAAGCUGACCGUCGUCGAAAGAUGAGAAAGACGUCCCUCGCGAAGGCUUGCCCCACUGGGGAUCUCAACCACAUCAUCUGGCCGGAGACUGAGCCAUGGGUGGACCGUUUCGACUGGGGCCUCCCUGACCUCGAUAAGUGGAUGACCAUGGGCCCCAAACAUUGGACAGAUGAGCUUGUCGAGGAUUACCACCAAUUGUUUAUGGCAAAGCUUGCCGAGAAGCGUGCCCAGAACUAA